GUUUUAAGACUUUUAGCAUAAAUGAUAAACUAUAGAGUCUCUUGCAUUACAAGCACAUGUAUGAUAGAAAGGUACAUGGGUCUCUGAGAGUACUCCUCUCUGGAUUAUUUUCAAAUGUUUCUAUUUCGAGUAAUGGGUGUUGAAGAGGGUUUAAACUGAUAUCUCCAUGCUUUCAUUCACGCUCAAAACAUUUUGUUCUUGGACUGCCAAGAAGGCUGAACUAAUAUAUUUAUUAGGUAAUAAGGCUAGUAAAACUAAGAGGGUCUGAUAAGUCAUAGGAUGGCCAAGAUAGUUGAUAGUUUAUCAUAGGGCCUCUUUUGAGCAAGUUAUUUCUCCUGAUAUGUAUCAAACAAAAAUGGCUGACGAUGACUCCAAAGAAGACUAUAUUAAUUUUAUUAAUCCUGAGACUCUAAACAUGAAAACUUGGGUAGAGCUAAUGCUUUCUAAAAUUGUUGUAUCUUGUCAUCAGGAUACACAGCCAGACGAUGAUAUAUAAAAGCUACCAAAUCGAUUAUAAUUAAUAAAGAAAAUGUUAUCCAAUUACACAAACAAUUCAAUGAACGUUGCCCAGAAUAUGGCCACGACUUAUUAUGACGCUCUUGAAGCAGCACUAUCUGAAGUGUUCAACCAAUUCUGUUGGGGUUGAGAAGCUUCACAAUCACCACAAGCCAUGAUUGGUCAUCCAAAAGCUUUGAAUAUCAGGAACACCACAAUAGGAGAUCUCAGUACGAUGAAUGAUACUCAAUGUGGCUCUCCUGUGAAACAAACGAGCAUCAAGACAAAAAAGACUAGGAAAGCUCUUCCUGGAGUCGCUAAAAAUCUAAACAUGAUCCUCCAAAUGGUAGAGUGCAAUCAAGAAGUGAGUUUCACCGCAACCACCAAGAGCUCUAGAGGCCUCCACAAUGGAACCUCCAAGAGGAGAUCCAGAUAUAUUGGAGUCCUCGGCAAUGGCACUCGUUGGCAAGUCCUCAUUAAUGUCCUUGGCAAGAAGAAGUACAUCGGAACCUUCGGAAGCGAGAAAGAAGCCGCCAUUGUGCACGACUUCUACGCCAUCGGACUUAAUGGACUUGAAGCUAACACCAACUUUAGCUACGAUGGGAUGACAGUACAAGACAUGAUCAUGAACUACUUCACUAACGAAAACUAUUUCAGGGCAUCUGAGUUCAUAUCCAGAGUCUAAUCAUUAACAUAAGCAGCCAUGCUUCAUUUUUGUAACAAGUUGGU